AUAGCUGUGGCAGCACUAAAACUAGAACAAUCUCGAGCUGUGGAAGUGUCAGUGCGAAGUCCAAUUGCGUGCUGGUUUAGUGCCAUGCUUUAUUGCUUUGGUGGUUCAGUUUUGUCUUCAUUGAUGCUUGCAGAACCUCCAGUAGCGUUUCUGGCAAAAGGCACAAAUAUUCUGCUAGCGUCUGCAGUCUGGUAUCUUGUGUUUUACUGCCCACAAGACAUAUUCUACCGGUGCUUUGCCUUUCUGCCUCUUCGACUUCUGGUUGCAGGAAUGAAAGAAGUGACGAGGACUUGGAAGAUAACAGCUGGCGUUGCACAUGCAAACAGUCACUUCAAAGAUGCCUGGCUUGUCAUGGUAGCUGUGGGCUGGGCCAGAGGAGCUGGAGGUGGCCUAAUUUCCAACUUUGAGCAGCUGGUGAGAGGAGUGUGGAAACCUGAAACGAAUGAACUACUGAAGAUGUCCUACCCUGUGAAGGUAACUUUGAUAGGAGCAGUACUUUUCACCCUGCAACACAGCCAGUACUUGCCAAUAGCAAGACACAACCUCGUGUUUUUAUACACCGUCUUUCUUGUCGUCUCCAAGGUAACAAUGAUGUUGACAAGAUCUGCAACUUCUCCAUUUGCUCCCUUUGAGGCUGCGUUAGGCCAUAUGUUCUUUGGCUUGCAAAAGACACCAUCCAAAGUGACGGGUGAAGGUGCCACAUCUUCCAAUGGCUCUUCAGUCUGUGCCCGGUCUUCUUCUGAACAGCACCAUGAUGACGUUAAGAAAAGACAGGCAAAGAAAACAGAAUAA